CGUCCACCAAGUGGCGCCGUCCGUCUCCUUGCGCCUCUCGAGGCAAGCUCUUGUUUGUUUUUAGCCACAAGUAGCGUGAUGGAGGCAGCUUGACUUCCCCCAUGCGUCUGAGACCUCUGGAGUGACCUGCAUUAAACGGGGUUCCAAGUUUUAUCUGUUGUUGCGUUUAAAACUUGAUCCAUUUUAAGGCGUAAAGUCGAUGGCGAAGAACACACUGUCCUCCCGCUUCAGGAAGGUGGACGUGGACGAGUUCGAUGAGAAUCGCUUUGUAGAGGAGCAGCAGGACGAAGCGGCAGAACAGCAAGGACCAGAUACAGCUGAGGUGGACGAUCUUAUCCGACAUGGAGACAUGAUUGCAGCUUUCCAAGUUGCACUAAGAAACCCCCCAAUCAACAGCAAGAAUCCAGCAAUAAAGGAGAAAGCACAGGCAGUUGUGUUGAAGGUGCUGAUGUCAUUUAGGAGCAGCGACAUAGAGCCUGCCGUCAAAUCCCUGGACAAGAAUGGCAUCGAUCUGCUCAUGAAGUACAUCUACAGAGGAUUUGAGAAGCCUUCAGACAACAGCAGUGCCAUUUUGCUGCAGUGGCAUGAAAAGGCCUUUGCUGUUGGAGGACUUGGCUCCAUCAUCCGAGUUAUGACAUCCAGAAAGACCAUAUGACAGUGAAUCACAAACACUGCCUCAGCAAAGACUAGUUCUCUUACAGAAGGGAAAAAUAUUGUUAUUGAUUCAUUCUUGACAGGAGAAGAAGUCUGUGAAUUAUUUUAAGUGGUGUAGAGGGCUGUGCUAAAACUGAGAACUAAGCUUUCUUUUCUUGGGUAGAAAUAAUGUGAAAGUACUGUGUGUGUGCGUGCGUGCGUGUGUGUGCGUGCGUGCGUGUGCGUGCGUGUGCGUGCGUGUGUGUGCGUGUGUGUGUGCGUGUGUACAAACAUAUAUACACACACAGAUCAGCCAUAACAUUAAAACCACUGACAGGUGAAGUGAAUAAUAUAUUAGGCAGCAAGUGAACAGUCAGUUCUUGAAGCAGGAAAAAUGGGUAAGUGUAAGGAUCUGAGCAACAACACCUUCUUAAAAAAAAAAAAAAAAAAAAAAAAAAAACUUUGGCAAGGCCCAAAUUGUGAUGGCUAGACAACAGGGUCAGAGCAUCUCCAAAAUAACAGGUUUUCGCAGUGUGUGGUGGUUAGUACCUACCAAAAGUGAUCCAAGGUAGGACAACCGGUGAACCUGUGACAGGGUCAUGGGCGCUCAAUGAUGUCAAGCGGUGGGAUAUAAGUGAACAAAUGAACAGUCACUUCUCGAAGUUGAUGUGUUGCAAGCAGGAAAAAUGGGCAAGUGUAAGGAUCUGAGUAACUUUGACAAGGGCCAAAGUGAUGGCUAGAUGACUGGGUCAGAGCAUCUCCAAAACGGCAGAUGUUGUGGAGUGUUCCCAGUAUGCAGUGAUUAGCACCUACCAAAAGUGGUACAAGGAAGGACAACUGGUGAACCGCUGACAGGGUCAUGGGAGCCCAAGGCUCACUGAUGCAUGUUGGGAGUGAAGGCUAGUUCAUCUGGUCUGAUCCCACAGAAGAGCUAUUGUAGCACAAAUUGCUGAAAAUGUUCAUGCUGGCUAUGAUAGAAAGGUGUCAGAACAAACAGUGCAUUGCAGCUUGCUGCGUAUGGGGCUGCGUAGCCACAGACCGGUCAGAGUGCCCAUGCUGACCCCAUCCCCCUCAAAAGCACCUACAAUAGGCACAUGAGCAUUACAACUGGACCAUGGAGCAAUGGAAUAAAGUGGCCUGGUCUGAUGAAUCACGUUUUCUUUUACAUUAUGUGGAGGACUGGGUGCAUGUGCAUCGCUUACCUGGGGAAGAGAUGCACUAUGGGAAGAAGGCAAGCUGGCAGAGGCAGCUUGAUGCUCUGGGCAAUGUUCUGCUGGGAAAACUUCGGUCCUGGCAUUCAUGUGGAUGUUACUUUGACAUGUACCACCUACCUAAACAUUGUUGCAGACCAAGUACACCCCUUCAUGGCAGCAGUAUUCCCUAAUGGCAGUGGCCUCUUUCAGCAGGAUAAUGUGCCCUGCCACACUGCAAAAAUUGUUCAGGACAAAAAGUUCAAGGUGUUGAUUUGGCCUCCAAAUUCCCCAGAUCUCAAUCCAAUCGAGCAUCUGUGGGAUGUGCUGGACAAACAAGGCCCCACCUCGCAACUUACAGGACUCAAAGGAUCAGCUGCUCACGUCUGGGUGCCAGAUACCACAGCACACCUUCAGAGGUCUUGUGGAGUUCAUGCCUCGACUCAAGUCAAAGCCAUUGACUCUCUCGAGUCAAAGCCAUUUUCGCGGUACAAGGGGGACCUACACAAUAUUAGGCAGAUAGUUUUAAUGUUGUGGCUGAUCUGUGUUUUAUAUAUAAUGUAAAUAUAUAUAAUUACACACACACAGUGUAUGUAUGUAUGUAUGUAUGUAUGUAUGUAUGUAUGUAUGUAUGUAUGUAUGUGUGUGAGAGUGUGAGAGUGUGAGAGUGUGAGAGUGUGAGAGAGAGAGAGAGAGAGAGAGAGAGAGAAAAAGUUAUUCACAGAAAAAGCAGAGGGGUCACACCAAAAAAAAGUCAAGGGGAUCACUAUGAAGUGCCUGUUACAAUAAAGAUAUUGGAUUUUCCUG